AUGGCUCCCGCGUCAUUAUCCCCCUCCCCAGAGCCCGACGUGCCCAUGGGCCUGCCCGUCAUCGACCUGGACCUCUUCCUCAAGGCCCGCGACGGCCAGAGCGACGCGGACGCCCACGCCGCCGCGCAGGCAGAGUGCGCCCGCGCCGCCAACGCCCUCGUCACCUACGGCGCCCUCGUCCUGCACGACAGCCGCGUCUCCGAGGCCGACAACUCGUCCUUCCUCGACCUCAUGGAGGAGUACUUUGCCCAGCCCGACGACGCCCUGCGCCAGGACGAGCGGCCCGAGCUGUCCUACCAGGUCGGCAUCACGCUCGACAACACCGAGAAGCCCAAGUGCGCCGUCGACGAGCCCUGCCUGCGCGUCAUCGAGCGCCUCGCCCCCUCGGAGCGGCCCCAGGACGUCUCCGCCCACCAGCCCGACCCCAAGUGCCGCUUCUUCUGGCGCGUCGUCGAGGACCCGCCCUACGAGAGCGAGUUCCCCGGUCUCAACGCCGCCAACGUGACCCCCGCCGCCCCGGGCAUCAAGGAGAAGUGGAAGCCGACUAUGGACCAGUGGGGCGCCUCGAUGAAGACUGCUGUAACGGAUCUAGCAGAGAUGGCUGCCCUGGGCAUGGGGUUACCGGGCGGCACGUUCAAAGAUGCAGGGGCUUACGGACCGCACCUCCUCGCCCCCACGGCCUCGGACCUGAGGAAAUACGGCGAAAAGGACACCAUCCUCGCCGGCUUCCACACCGACCUCAACUUCCUCACCAUCCACGGCCGCUCGCGGUAUCCAGGCCUGCACAUCUGGGCCCGCAACACGGGCAAGCGCAUCGCCGUCGUCAUCCCCGAGGGCAACUACCUCCUCGUCCAGGCCGGCAAGCAGAUGGAGCACCUGACGGGCGGCCUCGUCAAGGCCGGCUACCACGAGGUCGUGGUCACGCAGCGCACCCUCGACGUCAUGGCCCGCCGCGCCGCCCGCCAGCCCGACCGCCCGCAGAUCCGCAUCUCGAGCACCUUCUUCUGGCACCUGUCGUCCGACUACGACCUCAGGCCCAUCCCCCAGCUCGCCGACCGCGCCCGCGCCGUGCGCCUCGAGCAGAUGAACCUCGGUAAAGACGAGGGGGACGAGGUCGAGUACCCGCCCAUGAAGGUGGGGCAUCAGGUUGAGGCGUGA